AACCAAAAACCAAACCAUUCUUUCUUUCUUUCUUUUAGAAGGAAAAAAAAAAAAACAUCACAAACACUCUUUACAAUUUCAAUGGCCAAGUCAAAGAACAAUGCAAAGAAACUGUCAUACAUCUCAGUUCCAUCUCAAAUAAUCAACUCCAUUUCAUCAUCUUCUCUUCAAUCCUUACUUGAUCAAACCCCAAAGAAAUCAUCAAAAGUUUCCUCAAAGUUCUUCACAACCUUAACAACAAAAUGGAAAAGGCCAAGGAUGUUUUUGUUCUUCACACUCUUUUUACUUGGUGUUUUUUCCAUGUUGAAAUUUGGUUUCAAUCUAGAAAUCCCAUUUUCUGUUUACCCUUGUGGUUCAAAUUCAAACCCCUUAAUCUCAAAUGGGUUUGACUCAAAAUCUGAACUUGGGUUUGUUUCAGUUAAUAAAAAUGAGAUUUUUAAUGGUGGUGUUUUGUCAAAAUCUGAACUUGGAGCUGUUUCAAUGAAGAAAGAUGAGAUUUUGAAUGAUAAUGGGAUGUUGAAAGAAAAGGGGUCUAGUGGAGUUGACUUGAUGGAUCAAGGAAAGGGUGAGUUUUGGAAGCAGCCAGAUGGGUUAGGGUAUAGGCCUUGUUUGGAUUUUAGCAGAGAUUAUAGAAGGGACAGUGAUGGGGUUUUGAAGAAUAGGAGAAGGUAUCUCAUGGUGGUUGUUUCUGGUGGGUUGAAUCAGCAGAGGAAUCAAAUUGUUGAUGCUGUUGUCAUUGCUAGGAUUCUUGGUGCUGCUUUGGUUGUUCCUAUAUUGCAAGUUAAUGUCAUUUGGGGAGAUGAAAGUGAAUUUGCUGAUAUAUUUGACUUUGAGCACUUCAAGAAUGUUCUUGCCAAUGAUGUGAGGGUGGUUUCGUCGUUGCCAUCAACACACCUGAUGACAAAGCCGGUGGAAGGAAGCCCUCCUCUUCAUGUCACUCCUAGUUGGAUCCGAUCGCGCUAUCUCAGAAGAUUCACCAGAGAAGGUGUUUUGCUUUUACGCGGCUUGGAUUCAAGGCUAUCGAAGGAUCUUCCUUCGGAUCUUCAGAAGCUUCGAUGCAAGGUUGCUUUUAGUGCAUUGAGGUUUGCAAAACCAGUUCAAGAACUCGGCAACAAGAUUGCGGAUAGAAUGAAAAGCAAAGGACCCUAUGUCGCCCUUCAUCUAAGAAUGGAAAAAGACGUGUGGGUGAGGACCGGUUGUUUACCUGGUUUGAGUCCUGAGUUUGACGAAAUCGUAAAGAGUGAGAGGAUACAACGUCCGGAGCUCUUAACCGGAAGAUCAAACAUGACUUACCAUGAAAGAAAGAUGGCUGGUCUUUGUCCCUUAACGGCCAUGGAUGUUACCAGGUUGCUUAAAGCUUUAGGAGCUCAAAGAGAUGCAAGAAUUUAUUGGGCCGGGGGACAACCCUUGGGCGGAAAAGAAGCAUUGCAUCCAUUAAUCCACGAGUUUCCACAUCUUUACAAUAAGGAAGAUCUUGCAUUGCCCGGUGAACUAGAACCAUUUGCAAAGAAAGCUUCUAUAAUGGCUGCCAUAGAUUACAUAGUUUCCGAGAAGAGCGACGUUUUCAUGCCGUCUCAUGGAGGCAACAUGGGCCAUGCAAUUCAGGGUCACAGAGCUUACGCGGGACACAAGAAAUAUAUAACCCCAAACAAAAGACAGAUGCUUCCUUAUUUUCUGAAUCCUUCCCUCCCUGAAGCUGAGUUUAACAGCAUUGUCAAGGAAUUGCAUCAGAAUUCAUUAGGACAGCCGGAGCUCCGGACAAGCAAGGCCGGAAGAGAUGUCACCAAGUAUCCUGUCCCUGAAUGCAUGUGCAACUCACAUUCAGAUUCGUAAUCAAAGAUUCAAUACCAAAGCUUCUGGUAUACAAAGUUUACACGGAAACGGACACUAAAGCGCACGAGCGGUAGUUUUCGCAAUAUAUACAAUUUUGAUCCAUUGAAAACUACUUGGAAGUUGAAUUUUCGGGAAACCAUGGUACUCAAAAGCGACAUUUCGAAGAGGUAUAACAACGUCGAGCACUCCUCAGACACGCGAUGUAGGUUUCUGUGAUACAUUAAAUUGAUAGAUAUACACAAGAUAAUUCUUUGAUUCUUUAGGUAGAGUUUGUAUUGUAUAGGAUACAUUAUUUUUUGUUUGGUAUGUUAUUCUUUGUAGUACAUAAAGCCAUGUAUAUAUAUUUAUUUGAAUGAAUAAAUAAUCAGUUUUGUAUUAAUUUA